AGGAGAUGUUCAUAUGAAUAAAUAUAACAGGGAGUGGGUGAGGGGUUGGUGGAGUGUCUUUAGUAUUCCAUAGGGAAGCCUGAGAAGAUAUGGGGAGGCAGCCAUGCUGUGACAAGCUUAAGGUGAAGAAGGGUCCAUGGACGGCUGAGGAGGACAAGAAGCUUGUUGCCUUUAUCCUUAGCAAUGGCCAUUGUUGUUGGAGGGCUGUGCCGAAGCUCGCCGGCCUCUUGCGCUGCGGGAAGAGCUGCCGUCUUCGGUGGACUAACUAUCUCCGCCCCGACCUCAAGCGAGGCCUUCUCACCGACGCCGAAGAGAAGCUUGUCAUAGACCUUCAUGCUAGUCUUGGCAAUAG